UGGUCAGCCGCGGCGGGGAAGAACCCGGAUGUGCCUGGGUAGUCGUGUUGGCAGUCGGGGCUCCGAGGUUUGGGGUACUAAGCGUGCUGGCAAGCCAAGGCGGAUGGCGCAGGGUUGGGCCGGCUUCUCUGAGGAGGAGCUGAGGCGACUAAAGCAGCCUAAAGAUCCGUUUGAACCACAGCGGCGUCUCCAUGGGAAGAAAAGUCGACAGCAACUUCAGCGAGAAAGAGCACUUCAAGAGCAAAGUCAAAAAUUUGGGCUUCAAGAUGGGUCAACCUCAUUACCUCCAGAGCAGCUGCUUUCUGCACCAAAACAAAGAUUUAAUACUCAGAGACCAUGUUCUUCUCCUCCUACUCCCCUUACACUCACCUCUCCUGUUGGUGAUGGAAAACCACAGGGUACUGAAAGUCAACAAAAGGAACUGGGACUUAAGAAUUCCCAUGAAGUUCACAAAAAUGCUGAGGUUCUGCCUCCAAAACCAGAUUGCCAACUGGAAAAAAAGAAAGUGGAAUUGCAAGAAAAAUCUCGUUGGGAAGUCCUCCAGCAAGAACAGCGGCUGAUGGAAGAGAAAAAUAAACGUAAGAAAGCUCUUUUGGCUAAAGCUAUUGCAGAAAGAUCUAAAAGAACUGAGGCAGAAACCAUGAAACUGAAGAGGAUCCAGAAGGAGUUACAGGCUUUAGAUGACAUGGUGUCAGCUGACAUUGGAAUCCUCAGGAACCGGAUUGAUCAGGCCAGCCUCGACUAUUCAUAUGCCCGGAAGCGGUUUGACAGGGCUGAAGCAGAGUACGUGACGGCAAAGCUGGAGCUGCAGCGCAAGACGGAGCUUAAAGAGCAGCUCACUGAGCACCUUUGCACCAUCAUCCAGCAGAACGAGCUCCGCAAGGCCAGGAAGUUGGAGGAGCUGAUGCAGCAGCUGGAUGUGCACGCCGACGAGGAGACUCUGGAGCUCGAGGUGGAGGUGGAGAGACUGCUGUGUGAACAAGAAGCCGAAGCAAGGAAACAAGUGGUUCAUUUAGAGAGGUCAUUUCAGCCGUCUGGGGAGAGUGUGACCUUAUUAGAGUUGGCUAAAGAGGACAAAAAGCCUCAAGACCAGACUGCUUCCACAAAGGUAGACGAACAGGGGCAAAACUCCAAUAGCAUUGCCCUUCUUGAUCCAGAACGGCCAAACCAAGAGGUUGAAACUGCAGUAAAAGACAGUUCAGCUUCUCUCAUCACAUGAAGUGUCCGUGUUUGUUCUUUACAAUUAAAUAGGGUAUUCAGUAAACUUUCUGUUGUAGAUUAUGCCAUGACCUCUGAUAAAUGCCCCUUCAAGACAAUAUUAAUUUUAAAAUCCAUUAGUUUUAGUGUAACAUGUUUGAAGGUUCUAGAAAAAUCUCAGAUUAUGAUAGUUUUUUAUAUGGGGGCAUAGUUCACUUUGAUUUUAAUCCAGGUCUUCCAUUGUAUCCUUAUUACUGAGUGAAAACAAGUAAUUUAAAAGGAUGGAAGAAAAACUACAUGGUUAAUUGUUUUUUCAGACCAGGUGAAUACAGAAAUGUAAAGUGAAAAAUGAUAAUCAGUACCUAAUGGAACUUAUUUAACUUCUCCUGGGAGAAAUGUUGGAAAUGAGAGUUCUAUUUCAUGUAAUCAAUAAAGAGACACAAAAACUAACAUGUGGAAAAGAGAAUGAGAGACAAAACUAACAAAAGUACUAGAUUGAAUUAUCUGUUUGGAUCUUACUCGUGUAAAAUACAACUUGGAAGUUAUAGUUUACAAAAAGAACCAGACACCUUAAGUUGGCUGUUGAUAUACAUGCACACACAUACAAGCAUAGAUAUGUAUAAAUAUACCAUGGUAUAUAUAACUACUAUUAAUAUAUUGUCUCUUUUCUAAUCAGCACGUUGCUUAAAUUUAGGCAGUGAAAACCCUUCUACAGGCUGAAAAUAAUACAGAAAAUCUUACUGCUACUUUUGAUUAUUUAAAGGUGAUAUAUAUUUUUUUUCUUAAAGUUACCUGUAUGUGUUUUAUAUGUUGGAUAUAAAUUAUCCUCUCGUGGAACAUUAAAAUUGUUAAAAUGA